AUGGCGUCCUCUGAAUCCAAUAAUCCCUUUGAUCCUCAACCAUCACAGUUUGCCUUGAAUUCCAAUAACGAUCCUCCUAAUUCUACUCUUCCUAACCCUAAUUCCAUUCCUCCCAAUCCCUAUUUUCUUAGCUCGAGUGAAAAUCCAGGCAGUAUCUUGGUUACGCAAUCAUUGCUUGGAAUGAGGAAUUACCAAUCAUGGUCUAGGGCGAUGAUUCUUGCUCUUGCAGCCAAGAAGAAGAUUGGUUUUGUCAAUGGCAAGAUCAUCAAACCAGAUUUGGAUUCACCUCUGUAUGAAGAUUGGGAGAGCUGCAAUACUAUGGUAUCAUCUUGGAUGAUCAAUUCGAUGCAUGUGGAUGUAUCAAGCAGUAUUAUGUACUGUGAGACUACGAGGGAGAUGUGGAUUGAGUUGCAGAACCAGUUUUCACAAGGGAAUGGUCCUAAAAUCUACAAUUUACAGAAGCAGAUUUCACACCUCUGCCAAAAUCAGAUGUCAGUUUCUGAAUAUUACACUAAAUUCAAGAGACUUUGGGAUCAAUUGCUCAAUUUUGAGCCACUUCCACAAUGUUCGUGUGGUGCUAUGAAGCUGCUAAGUACUUCACACAACAAGGCAUAUGUGAUGAGGUUUUUAAUGGGGCUUAAUGAGAACUAUGAGACUCUUCGUAGUCAAAUUCUCACAUAUGAUCCGUUUCCUUCAAUGAACAAGAUUUACUCUUUGGUUCUACAAGAAGAAUCACAUAAAAAUCUUGGUCAUGAAGGAUCAAGCUCAUCACAGGGAGAUGUAAUAGCAAUGUAUGCUAAUUCAAAGAACAAUUCAGGAGGUUAUUCUUCUUGGAACAAAGGUAAUGGGAAGAAAGAAAGGCCAUUUUGCACACAUUGUAACAUGUCUGGGCAUACUGUUGAAAAGUGUUAUAAACUUCAUGGUUACCCGCCAGGAUACAAGCCAAAAGGGAAAAAUAAUGCUAGUGCAAAUCAGGUCUCUUCACAUUUGAGCAAUGGAACUGAUAAUUUCACAUCAGGAAGCAAUUUGUGUCCUAUUUCCAAGGCACAAUGUGAGCAGUUAUUGGCUUUUCUCAAUUCUGGUUCAGGAUCUACUUCUGGAGGUGAUGGAUCACACCAUGUAGCUAAUGUGAGGGCUUCUUCAAGUAUGGCUGGUGUGGAAGGACAUUCUGGUGGCACUUUUGAUGUGUUUUCUUCACAAUCACAAGUUAAUUCCUCAGCCAAUCCUUGUUCUAACCUCAUGUCAGGUACUUCCUCAAAUUUUCUUUUUAGUCCUAAUCUGUCACACUCUAUAUUUUCUGCUAAAAAUGUCAAUAGAGAUGCCUUUAGGAAUUCUGAUUGGGUCAUAGACACAGGAGCUACAGACCACAUGGUUCAUUCUAUUACUGUUUUUACCUCUAUCACUGCCACUCUAAACACAUUUGUGAAUCUUCCAAAUGGUGAAUCUGCCUUAGUGACUCACAUAGGAACAGUUAAAGUCUCAGAAAAUAUUAUUCUUUCUAAUGUGCUUUGUGUUCCUUCCUUCAAUUUUAAUCUGAUUUCUGACCUAGCUCAUUGGAGCACGAUUGGUCUGGGUAAGGAGAUCAAUGGUCUCUAUUUGUUGUUAAAGGGAGAAUCAACAUCAACUUCAAAUUCUGUUUCUUUGUCUGUUUCUGCUAAUAAGGUUCUGCCACACAUAUGGCAUGCUAGAUUAGGACACAUAUCAGAUGCCAAAUUGGCUUUGUUGAAUAAGAACAAUAAGAGAUUACCCUUCAAUAUCAGUACAACUAUUUCCAAUGAAUGUUUUGAUUUACUUCCUUGUGAUAUAUGGGGACCUUUCUCUGUUCCCACCAUUCAUGGCAAUACUAAUUUCAAUGAUCCUUUUGUUACAACUAAUGUUGGUUCUCAUUCUCCUACAUACAGCAAUUUAGAUUCUUUUGUCACUCCUAUUAAUAUUUCAGAGGUCCAUAUUCCAUCUCAUACUUCAGAUGUCAUUGGUCUUCCACCUCAUACUUCAAAUCUUCCAAUUAUAUUGUCUCCAUCUGUCAAUGAUACUGACAGCUCUACAUCCAUUCCCCAUGACACUGUUUUGUCUAAUUCAAAUUCUUUAGAAAUUACUUCUAUUUCACCUACUGUUCCUAUACCUGUUACUGUACUUCCACACACCAGAAAAUCCACCAGGGUCCAUAAAACACCUGCCUACCUGCAAGAGUAUGCUUGCAAUUCAGCUGCAAUAGUUGUUGAUCCGGGUUGCACUUCAGCUGCAAAAGUUCCUGCUUCAAGUUGCCCAUAUGAUAUGGUUGAUUUUCUCAGUUAUUCACACAUGAAUCCUUCCUAUUAG